AGCAGUUCUGCGUUCAGAUGAGCCCCGACAGGCAGCUAACCUGCGUGGAUAUGGGGUGACAAGUUUCUUCAGCAGUGGGGCCCAGGCACCUUGUCUGUUCUUUUCCAACUGCUGGCAUCUCUGUUCUUUUUCAGGAGCUUCAGGUCCAUGGUGCUACAGGCUCUAGGGCCCAAAGCCUGGCCCAGGCUCUCUCAGUUCAAACCUCGAGUCCUUCUCCGGAUCCCAGGAGGUGAAACUCUGUAUGUAAAGUCCCGACACUGGUCAGGGCAGGGCCAGCACAGAGGCCCUGGGCUAAGAACCAGGCUGCUGAUCACUGCUGUGUUUGGAGCUGGGCUGGGCUGGGCCUGGCUGGCAGCAAGAGCUGAGAAGGAACAGAGGCGCCAACAGCAACGGACAGAGGCCCUGCGCCAGGCUGCUGUGGGCCAGGGCUACUUCAGCCUAAUGGACCACAAAGGCCAGCCGCGAUGUAAAGCCGACUUUCGAGGCCAGUGGGUACUGAUGUACUUUGGCUUCACUCACUGCCCUGAUAUCUGCCCUGAUGAGCUGGAAAAACUGGUCCAGGUGGUCCAGAAGCUGGAGGCAGAGCCUGACCUGCCCCUGGUGCAGCCUGUCUUCAUCACUGUGGACCCAGAACGGGAUGAUGUGGCAGCCAUGGCCCGGUAUGUGAAGGACUUCCACCCAAGACUGCUGGGUCUGACUGGUUCGAAAGAACAAGUGGCCCAAGCUAGUCGCAACUACCGUGUAUACUACAGUGCUGGUCCCAAGGAUGAGGACCAGGACUAUAUUGUGGACCACUCCAUUGCUAUCUACUUGCUCAACCCAGACGGUCUUUUCACGGACUACUAUGGUCGAAGCCGGUCAGCAGAGCAGAUUGUAGACAGUGUACGUCGGCACAUAGCUGCCUUCCAAAGCAUCCUGCCCUGAACAUCCUACCUAGGUCCUGUCGGUAAAUAAAUGAAUGUAGUCAGUGUGUGGGUGCUCUCUAUCCGCAGUCCAUUUAAAUGGCUUGUUGAGUGAACAGGGAGGGGACAGCAGUAUCAACAGGCUAGGCCAGCCUGGAGGCAGCACUGGAGUAAAUGGCCCCAUGGUACGUUAGGG